AUGCAUUAUACUACUACUGCUACAAAUACUACCACUAAUAAUGAUAUUAACACUCAAGUACCAGUUGAUGAAGACAAUCCACCACCAGGAUAUGAUGAAGCUAUUGGUUUGAUACAAAACAAUUUCAUGAAUAAUGUUAACAUGGCAAUGAUGAUGAAUACAAUGGUGAAACCAGCUGUUCCUAUACCGAACACAACUUGUACACCACCACCAGCAUUACCACCACGUCGAAUUAUUAACGGAGUUGGUUUAGAAGAUAUUGAGGAUCCACAAUCAAUGACAUCGUGUAUAUCGUUAGCUGAACGUUAUGGUCUACCGGUAGCUGAAAUUUAA